UCUCCUGCCAGCAAGAACAUGCUGCUGUGUAUUUAUCUGCAUAGCAGCAUAGCAGAGAAAUAAACAGCAGCAUGUUUCCCAAGUAAAACACAGUACAACACAUGUUGUAAAACAGCACACAGUUAACCCUUUGAUCACCCCAGAUGUUAAUCCCUUCCUGCUCAGUAUCAUUAGUACAGUGUCAGUGCUAUUUAUUAGCACUGAUCACUGUAUUAGUGUCAUUGAGAUGUCAGUGGCAGUUAGUCAGUUCCCACCCAGUGUCAAAAUGCCGGCUGCAGUCCCGCUAUAAGUUGCUGAUCGCCGCCAUUACUAGUAUAAAAAGA